AUGUUGCCAGCUGCAAUUCAAUCCGUCCCCAAUGGCGCUUCCCCAUUCUCCUGUUCCCUCCUUCCCCAGAUUCCCACAACAACUGCAUUCAAAUCCACGACCCUCGCCCUCCUAAAAUCUUCUCCAAAACGACAUUUGUCCUCCGUUCUCCAUCGAAAGCGAUUCUCCGCAUUCGCUGCGCCCGAAGCGGUGGCAGCUCCGCCAGAGGAGGACGAGAAGGAAGUAGAAGUUGCGCAAUCGUUUGACGAGAUAAAUGAGGUGGUGGUGAACCAAGCGACGAAGCCUCGAUUGGUGCUGAAGUUCAUAUGGAUGGAGAAGAACAUUGGGUUGGGGCUGGAUCAAGUCAUUCCUGGACAUGGCACGGUUCCACUGAGCCCGUACUUCUUCUGGCCUAGAAAAGAUGCCUGGGAAGAGCUCAAGACGACUUUGGAAAGCAAGCCCUGGAUUUCCCAGAAGAAGAUGAUUAUACUACUCAACCAGGCUACUGAUAUCAUCAACUUGUGGCAACAGAGUGGUGGCAAUCUCACUGCUUGA